AUGGAUGGCCACAGAGAAGCUGAAAAUGGCAACUACGCUCGACAUGAAGCGUCUCCGGCCGAUGAGUCUACGUCUCUCCUCCCCAAGGAUGUCCAGGAUGUCAAAAGCAAGAUCCUCAGUACGAAUUUUGCUGCACUGAUGGCCGGGCUGAACGAUGCUGCAUUGGGUCCUUUGAUCCCGUACAUUCAGCCGACCUACGAUGUUGGUCUUCUGCAGGUGUCCAUGAUCUACCUAGUUAACUUUGUGGGCUGGGUUGUCGCCUCUUUCGCCAAUAUCCACGUGUGUUCUCACAUAGGUACAGGCGGUACAUUGGUUCUGGGCGCAACAGUCCAGUGUCUUGGCUAUGCUCUGAUGUUCUGGAGCCCGCCUUUCCCCCUUUUCGUGGCGGCAUUUUUCUUCACUGGCUGCGGCGUAGCGUUCCAAGAUGCCCAAAUGAACAUGUUCACUAUAACUGUCAAGGACGCCCAUCGGUGGCUGGGUGUCUUGCAUGCCGUGUAUGGUGUCGGAACUAUCCUUGCUCCAUUGAUCGCCAAUACAAUUGCCUCGAGAAUGCCAGUUUGGCAUCAUUACUACCUCGUGACCAUGUUGUUCGGCGCACUAAAUAUCACAUCUUUGGUCUGGACCUUCAGAAAGGGGCUCUUCCGUCCGAAUGUGAGCAAUGCAAAGGACACGGCUGGCAAGGAACUCCGAGAGACUGUGACGAACAAGACAGUGUGGAUAUUCAACGGCUUCUUCUUUUUGUACGUUGGUGCGGAGGUGACUGCUGGAGGCUGGCUUGUGCAGUUUCUAGUUUCGGUGAGAAACGGCGACCCUUCCAAGGUAGGUUAUAUUGCCUCUGGCUUCUGGGCCGGCUUUACCUUGGGCCGUGUUGCUCUGGCGGACAUUACGCAUCGCUUUAGUGAACGACGCAUGGUGUUCGUUUAUACCGCGUUGGCUGUGGCGAUGCAGCUAUUAUUCUGGCUGGUUCCAGACAUCACAGUCAAUGCGGUUACUGUGUGUUUCCUGGGAUUCUUUAUCGGUCCUUUUUACCCGGUUGGACUUUACGUCCUCACCAAGGUUAUCCCACAGGAACUUCACAUUGGAGCAAUGGGAUUCACUGCCAGUCUUGGACAGGCCGGGUCCGCUGCUUUCCCUUUCCUAACAGGAGCGGUGGCCUCCCAGGCCGGCGUCCAGGUCUUGCAGCCCAUAAUGCUUGGACUGCUCAUCGGAAUUGCCUUCUUUUGGUGCUUUGUCCCUAGACAGAGGCCCAUCACGCUUUGA